AUGUUGCCUAGGGGAGCCUGUGUGCCAAAGAAGCACAGUCUGGUGCCCACCCAGAUGGGCAGGGGCCUGAUGGUCCUCCAGAGCAUGGCCGGCCGGCACGACCGGCCCCCUGAGUGGAAAGUGCACAGCAAACAGCUCUCCCUGAGCAAGUCGGCCCAGGCCAUCAGCCGCUACUACAGGAAGAUGAACCACUUCAAGCAACGCAGCCGCCCCAGUGACACCAGCUUUGUGUCUGAAGCGGAGGAGCUGCGCAGAGCGUUCCUCCUGCGUCCUGGCUGCCCCCAGUUCAGCACCAGGGCCACGUCCAUGUCUCACUGCGGUGAGGGCUCCCGGGGGGAGACCGCCCCUCACACGUCCGCCGGGGUGGCGGACGGCUGCCGAAGUGCACUGAGCGCGGGAGACGGGGCUGGGAUGCGAGCAGCUGAGGCCCAGGGCCUGGGGCAGCGGCUGACGCUGCAGGACCAUGAAGGUCCCGGGCAGGUCUCUGGGCAGGGCCGGGGGGCCGCACAGCAUCCUGGGUGCAGGGAUCCUGCCUACACGCCCCCAGGGCACCUGCCGUGGAGCAGCCGGGACGUCCCUUUGCAGGAGGAGUUGUGCGUGGGCGUGGAGAGCUGGAAGGUGACCCGGGACCUGCUUUCCAUGCAGGGCUUGGACACCCAGGAUGACACACCCACACUGGGCAGGGGCGUGAGGCUGGACGCUGGUAGCACGGGCCAGGGGACGAAGGAGCCCACAGGGCGUCUCCUUCCCUUCAGUAAGAGUGCCUGUGAGUUCAACUACUUGCGGAAGAGGAGUGAAUCCCAGACGCUGAGCCCGGUCCUGAGGGGGCGGGUGCCCUGGUACAUAUCCGUCAUCCGCGAGAAGGAUCACUGUCUGCUCAUGCUGGGGGAGGAAGUCCAGCGCCUCUCUGAGCUGGAGGUGCAGGUGCAGAAGAAAGAUGAGGAGAUCUUGGCACUCCAGGGGGAGAGGGAGGUCUUGAAGAAGCAGCUGAAACACCUCCUGAAAAGCAAAGACCAAGAGUCAUCAGUGUGUCAGGGCAUGAGGGAACGGCCCUCUGAGCCCGCGCCUAAGCUGCUGCCAGGGAGGCUGAGCAACCUGAAAACCUUAGACCAGGAUGAGCUGCAGUGCCGGGAGCGCGUGCAGGAGGAGUACGCCAUGACCGACAGAGGCAAGGAUGUGGCUGGAGGCAGUGGCGAGGCAGAGGAGGGCCUGCAAGGAGAGGCCCAGAGGGCGGAGGACGAGCGCACUCAGGGCGCAGCGGGCCAGGAGGAGGCCGAGCUCGAGCAGCAGCAGCAGGAGGUGGUGGAGCUGGAGGAGGAGAAGGAGGUGGUGGAAUUCGAGGACUCGGGCAGGAGAAGGACGUGCUCCCUGGACGAGGCAUUUGAGGAGGAGCUGAUGGCCCAGCUGGAGGAGUGCGAGCAGGUGACCCGGGAGUUCCAGUUCGAGCUGGACAGCACCCGGACCAGAUACUCGCUGGCGACAGGAGCCAUCAAGUCCUUACAGCGGCAAGUGGACUUCCAGGAAUCCCAACUGCAGAAGGUCAACGUGGAGAAUGAGAUGCUGCAGAAGGAGCUUCGAGAGCGGAAGCAGCAGCUACAGGCCAUGUCGGAAAAGUUCUCCAACAUCCGGGAGGACAAGAAGCACGAGGAGCUGCUGCGGACCAUCGAGAAGGACAACAUUCUGCUCCGGCAGCGAGUGUUGGAGCUGGAGAGAGAGCUCGCCAGGCAGGAGUGCACCACCUUGGAGUUCAAGGCUAAGGUCAGCCAGCUGCAGGCCCAGCUGAACCAGAGCCAGAACCACCUGCAGAGACACAAGCAGCUGCAGGAGGAGAUGCAGAACAAGAACGAGAUGAUUCAGCAGGGGGAGCAGCAGGCCCGCAUGGCCCUGGAGGGAGCCCAGUCCCGGCUGGAAAGACUAAGAAACAAGAUCAUGCAGGCCACCUUCAGCACCACAGGGAUCAAGUCCUUGGCCACCGAGAUCUCUGACAAUGACAUCCUGGAAGGCUUGCAGAGGAUCAUCUCAGAGAGGGCGGACUACUACAGUCAGCUGAAACAGAAAGGCAUCCCGGUGCCGCCCCUGCACCAGUCAGAGGUCUCACCCUCGCCCAGCAAAUCCAAGAAGGUGGUCUCCAAGUAG